AAUUCCAAUCAUUAAGCAUAAUAUUUUUCUGGAACAUGCGAGAUCGACCCAUGAUUUCAUAUAAAUACCUGGUGCGUCCGUUUAGAUUUGAGACAACAACAAACACGAAAAGCAUCACUUGCCAACAUAUCACACAACAUUCUAAAGAGUUCCAAACUUAAGCUAAGUAAGGAAGAGAAGAUGUCACUGAUCCCAAGUGUCUUCGGUGGUCGAAGGAGCAACGUAUUCGACCCUUUCUCCUCUCUUGAGGUAUGGGACCCUUUCAAGGAUUUUACUUUCCCCUCUUCGCUUUCUGCCGAAAAUUCUGCGUUUGUGAACACUCGAGUGGAUUGGAAAGAAACCCCAGAAGCACACGUGUUCAAGGCUGAUAUUCCAGGGCUGAAGAAAGAGCAAGUGAAGGUAGAGAUUGAAGAUGGCAACAUUCUUCAGAUAAGUGGAGAGAGAAACAUUGAGAAAGAAGAUAACAACGAAAAGUGGCAUCGCGUAGAGCGUAGCACUGGUAAGUUCUUUAGGAAGUUCAGGCUGCCAGAAAAUGCUAAAGUGGAUCAAGUUAAGGCUUCUAUGGAAAAUGGGGUUCUCACUGUCACUGUUCCUAAGGAAGAGGUCAAGAAACCUGAUGUUAAGGCCGUGCAAAUAUCUGGUUAAAAAUCAACGUGUAUUAAAUCUGGUUUUUUACUUUGUCGAAGUAAGUAUCUGGCAUAUGGUGUGGCAAUGAAUUUACUGGAAGAUGAAUAGUAACUAUUGAAAUAAGUGUUAGUUGUUCUGGCUGUGAUAUCAUUUAAUGGAAGAUGUACAAUGUGAUGAAUAGUAACUAUUGAAAUAAGUGUUAGUUGUUCUGGCUGUGAUAUCAUGUGUCAAAGUGUCUUAAAUGUGAUGCAGACACACAAAAGAAUAAUGGAAUGUGAAAACUGUGAUUGGAUUAUUGCA